GUGCUUUAGCAUUACAUCCUGAAGCAGUUGCAAGUCUGCAAGUUGCCAGUGCCUUCGGGCUUUCCCGAGAGCUUGCGCGACGGCAACUGCAACAAAGUUGGCUGCGCUUUGCUGCGGAAAGCUUGCACGGCUGUUACGACUGGAACAGAUUUCUAGAUUAUUACACGCAGCCCUGGGAUUGGAGCACCGUAAAGCCGGAAAAGAGUUUGGAGGUUGCCGCAUGGAAACAUUCUUGUAUCGCCACCCGUGAAAUCCCUGGCAAGGGACGCGGGCAUGUAGUCGUGGCAAAAAUUCAAGAUGGCAUGACUUCCAAAGCUGCGGGUGGAAGCACAUCCGUAGUAGAUGGAGAAAGUGAAGCUAGAGAAGUUGUGGUAAUUCCGGCGGGGACGCUGCUCUCUGUGGAGCGAGCGUUUGCUCUAGGCAAAAAUGAGGAGCUAGUAGACAUAGUGCGCAAGCGUGUCGAAAAGGAUCGUGACAAAAAUCUAGUAUCCCGUUUUUGGGCUCUCAGUGACGGGACACCAGAAUCCGAAACGCUUGCCUCUCUCGGGGAGGAGAGCAAGAAAAUAACACCUGACACCGACAGUGACACCAGUUCGAAGUUGAGUGACAUCGUGGAUACCAAUUGUCACUCAUUGCAAAUCGUGGAUACGUAUCAAGCGCCGAUGAAAGUGUCUACUGAUACUGAGCGUUCAGGGGUGUGGCUCGAUGCGGCUUUCGCGAAUCAUGGAUGUUUACCGACGGUUCACCGAGUAGUCUGCGACGAGUGGCUGUUGGUGCGAGCUUGUAGGGAUCUUUAUGAAGGCGAUGAAUUGCUGGAUUCGUACUGCGAAUUGCUGCGUCCGCUUUCCGUGCGUUCGAGAGCCCUGAGUCUAUGGGGAUUUGGCAGCGGAGGCUUCCGCGCGGCAUUGGAACGAGCAGUACUGGAGUCCAAAACAGUAGACAGCAUGCUUUCAGAGGCUUCGCGGCGAGCCAGCGCGGACCCACUUUCGUUAGACGCGGCUUGCACAGAGAUGGAGGCCUACUGCGUCAGGCAGCUCGAUAAAUUUCUCUUGGCUGGUCGUGGCAUUGCAGACAGUGCGGGUGCAGUCGCGUUUGAGACGUUGUGGAACAAGGAGAUGCCUCGCGACUUUCGUAAUCGCUUUGGAACCAAAUUGCCAUUUUUCGUUUCGGCACCGAAAUAUUCGCCGGCUUUUGUCAUCCCAGCAGCACGUUUUAUGGAGCUUCGCUAUGGCUUUGCGAAGGCGGACGGUCCCACAGAGAUGUUGCAGUUCGAGUUUCAGGAAGAGUUGUUAGGCCUCCUACUCGGUGGUUUCGCAAACGCCUUUCGUCUGUGGUUAUGGUCAGUGUUUAUUCAUCUCUCAAAGCAUCUUCUCCAAGGUGGUAUCCUCUGGGUUUUCCCGUAGAUAAAGAAGUGAAGGGUGCACCAAGAUGGACUCAGGCUUAUUCUUUAUGUCUAAUUUUAGCAGUAGGGCUGAAGGAGCGUUCCAACGGUAUCACCGGGUACGCUGAGGUCGCCGACGGUUUCGACCGCUUUGUGCAGGUGUUGAGACGAAUUUUGCCUAACUCAGAGCUUCUUUGCGAAAUGCUCUCUGAGCGCUUGAAUCAUCGCGCGCUGCAGUAUCACUUGCAGUUAGACCUCAUGUUCGACAAGAAGGCAUCCGCUUGCAGUGCGUCAAGUACGACAGCCGCACAGCGGAGCCAAGUAGUGCGCGAAGUGGUGGAGACACUGGACUGCUUUCAUAGGACAUACUGUUUUCCGGAGACGGCCGAAACUGUUUACCGCGUGUGGGAAAAAAUCAGCAACAAGCUAUUCUCAGAUGAUACGAAAGCACAGGUGCGCGCGAUUUGGCUGCACGAAAGCGCGAAAGGGAAGACGUCGGCCUCGCUGCAGCGCAGCCGCUUCGAGGAAAUUUCGUCGCAGAUCGAUUGUCUUCUGCCACCAGAAGAGGAAAAGAAGCUUCGUCCCAAGCCAACGCGGUCAAAGUUUGCUUUCGAUCAGAAGCCUGAAGCAGCAAAGGAGGCACGACCGCGACGUGCUGCAUCUUUCGUUGGUGGGGGUGGUGGAGGAGGCGCCGCCCUCAACCAAAGCAUCAAUCAGGGUUCGGUGGUAGAAGUGCCGGAAGAAGGUUCUGACAACAAAGAAAAUAUCGAUAUUUCGUCAUCAGCAGAGCAAAUACUAGAGCAGCAAAAAUCUUCAUCGGAUGCAGCACCGAAAACAGCGAACGAAAGUACAAAACUGGCGGACGCGGGUGGUGAACCGAUAAUGAGAAAAGGAUCGUCGCUGCUAUCAACAACCGAGGCAACGUUGAAAGAAGGCGAGGAUUACGUAUUGGAAGAUAUUUCGGGAGGCACUGCACAAGGGAAAUCCUAUCGAAUUUACCUGAACGGCCUUAGUUCGUGUCCAGAAGUUACGGCUCACGAUGGCGGCUUUGUACGCGUGGGGAAAGACAUUCUAGGUCCUUUGUCCGGUUUUCAAUUUGAUUCUUUGUCAGUGAAGUUCUCUCGCUCAAAGCAACGCCUGACAUUGUGCUGGAGCGAAUAGCAAGGACGGUUUUCAUCGUGCCUUCAUUGAAAGCAUGGCUGAGCUGGCUAUACUGUAGGUACGCCGAAAAAACCAAAGGAUGAGAGCUUGCGUGGUAAUUGAUUUGCGAAUAGUAAACGUCGGAGUACUAGAGCCAAACUGAAGGAGACUCUCUUUCACACGCCACAACAAGCUCAGGAGAGUUUUUUUCAUACGCCACGAUUGUGUCCAUGCAAAAUCUGAG